AUGGGUGAUGAUUUUGGUCGUUUAAUCUCAAAAAUGCAAAAGUCUAAGUUUACUUCUACUGAUAAUUCAAAAACAAUGUCUUAUUUCCUAACUAGUAAGAAGAAAAACAAAUCUUUUAAAUUUAAUGAUACAUACUUUUUUUCACAAACUACAGACAGAAUUUUGGAAUCAUCCUGUUAUCAUAUAACAGGACAAGCAUGUAAUUUAUGUAAAUAUACAAAUGAAUUAGAAUUAACACAUCUUCCUGAAAUUGUUUUUGCUAACAAUCAACUAAAAAUUGAAUCUAAAAAUGGAAAAUAUAUUAAUUUUAAUACUUUUGAUGCUAUAAAAAUGAUUGAUAAUUCAAAAUAUCCUGAUUUUAAAGUCAGUAUGUCUGAAGCUUGGGUUUCAACUAGACAACAAUAUAAAAACUUAAACACUUCUGGUAAACCUUUUGAUUGGAGUUACACAACAUUUUACAAAGGAACUCUUAGUGAUGAUGUUUCUGUUAUAGAAACAACAGAAGAGAUUGAUAUUGAAAAAUUAAAACAACGUGAUCCAAUUCUUGAGUAUGAUUCUUUUAUUUUGUAUGAAGAUGAGUUACAUGAUAACGGAUUAAGUAAACUUGAAAUAAAGUAUAGAAUAAUGGAAGAGCGAUUUCUAGUUCUUCAAAGAUUUUUUCUUCGGGUUGAUCGAGUAAUUGUUCGUGUUAUAGAUACAAGAAUUUAUCAUGAUAUCAAAAAUCCAUAUAUUUUGAGAGAAUGGACAUACCGAGAACAGAAUGUUCGUGAUAUGUCUGAAGAAUGCCUUGAGAAUAUCAAAAAUGAAGAUUAUUUAUCUGUUAAUUUACCUUUAAUUGAAAGAAAAAUGGAGCAGAUAUUAUUGUAA